AUGAUAGAUGAAAAUGGAGACGCAGAAGGAAACUUCGCUCUUCUAGCUCUACUCGACAACCCAACGCGAAAAGACGCAGAAAAUACCAAAACCAUGCAACCAGUUGGGAGAUUCACCUACCAGGGUGCGCAUGGGCUUCCGCGGCUACUUUUAGAGAAACAGAUUGAUUGGAUAGCUGGAGCGCCACCUGCCGGAGAACCCAUGUGCGGAUUUAAUGGAGAGUUGUGUGAGCAGGACUGGAAGAUGAUCCUGAUUGGUUUGGUAACAGCAGCAUUGGUCGUCAUUGCUGGAAUAUUUAGUAUUCGUCAUUAUAGAUACGAACAGACGAUGGCACGCAUGUUGUGGAAAGUAGACAUAAAAGACCUCAUCUUCUUAAGAACAACUUCAGAGUUUACUCUUCAAAAUACCCACAAUCAGAUUAACGUGCAGAUGCACGACUUCAGCCGACUAAGAAAUCUAACGGACUUUGGAAAAAAGAGUUCCCUUUCCCAGUUGAUGGACUCUAGAGUUGGCUUCUACAAGGGAAAUGUUGUUUUCAUCAAGUAUGUAAAUAAAAGAAGCAUUGACGUCACCAGGAGCCUCUGUAAAGAGAUUAUUAACAUUCGUGAAAUGCGGCACGAAAACAUUAACCCAGUGAUCGGCGCAUGCGUAGACCCUCCCAACGUGUGUGUCUUGACAUUAUUCUGCGCAAGAGGGAGCCUUGAGGAUGUCCUGAAAAACGAAGAUCUUGAUUUAGACAACAUGUUUGUGGCUUCACUCGUGGCUGAUUUAAUUAAGGGUAUGAUAUAUCUCCACGAGAGUGAAGUCGUUUCUCACGGGAAUUUAAAGUCAUCAAACUGUCUAGUGGACAGUAGGUGGGUCCUUCAGAUAACGGACUAUGGACUACAUGAGCUAAAACAAGGCCAGGAGAUCCAGUGUGGUAAAGAUUUAAAGUGUCAGAGAGGGUCACUAUGGAAAGCUCCUGAACUGCUGAGGAUGGCCAACUUUCCACCAAGAGGCACCCAGAAAGGAGACGUUUAUUCUUUUGCUAUUAUCCUGUACGAAAUAAUUGGCCGGAAGGGGCCAUGGGGGCCUGAUCUUCUGCCUGUAAAAUUUAUCAUAGAAAGGGUUAUGAAUCCCCGUCAUUACGGUGGACAGAUCUUCCGGCCCCCUAUUGACGAACUCGUAGGUUGUAGCGAAUACAUACUAAAGUGUAUGCAGGAAUGUUGGGACGAAGAGCCGGAUGCUCGACCGGAUUUCCGAUUGGUAAACCAGAAGCUAAGAGACAUGCAAGCUGGACUUAAAAACAACAUUUUUGACAACAUGAUUGCUAUCAUGGAGAAGUAUGCCUACAAUCUAGAAGGCCUCGUUCAAGAAAGAACCAAUCAGCUAAUGGAAGAAAAGAAAAAAACAGAAAAUUUACUUCUGCGGAUGUUACCAAAGCCUGUAGCAGAGCAGUUAAAACGUGGAGAACCAGUGGAGGCGGAGAGCUUCGACUGUGUCACCAUUUAUUUCAGUGAUAUAGUUGGCUUUACCGAACUUUCGGCUGUCAGCACACCAUUACAGGUUGUUGAUCUAUUAAAUGACUUGUACACCUGCUUUGACUCUAUCAUUGGUAACUACGACGUGUAUAAAGUAGAAACCAUUGGAGAUGCCUAUAUGGUAGUUAGCGGGCUUCCGCUAAGAAAUGGAGACAACCACGCACGAGAAAUCGCUUCUAUGGCACUUCACCUUUUGGGGGCUAUUCAGUCGUUCGAAAUCAGGCACAUCCCAGGAGAUAGACUUAAGCUCAGGAUCGGUGUUCAUUCCGGGCCAUGUGUAGCUGGAGUAGUAGGACUCAAGAUGCCGAGAUACUGUUUGUUUGGUGAUACGGUUAACACAGCCUCCCGUAUGGAAUCUACGGGGGAAGCCCUAAGUAUCCAUGUUAGUGAAGCGUUUAAGAAUAUUCUGGAUAAAUUAGGAGGCUACAUCCUAAACGAGAGAGGGCUAACGCUAAUCAAGGGGAAAGGUGAAAUGCGAACCUACUGGCUUGUGGGGAAAGAAGAGCCCCUUGUGACGUAUUCUCCGGGUAACAGGUCGUUUGGAAUCCACGAUAGCGUGACAGAAGUCCACGUGCCUACAACGAACGAUGUUGUGAAACAUGACAAUGACCAUGUUAUUUCCACUCCUUGCCUCCAGGUGCCACCGGUCUCGAGACAAAACAGUGCUCAUCUUUCUCCUGAUUUCAGUUGGUUGAUAAGCAGUGACGUGUCAGAACAAGAAACCGGAAAUAACGGGAGACGCGUUUCACAUAUUUCGAAUUACAGUAGUUGUGGGAGUUUUUUCCAAGACUGUAAGAAGACCAUUCUCCGAGAGGUCAGAAUGAAUAACCGGCUAACUUACAAAGGUCACAGGUCAGCUCCCAUCAUCAGCUUCCGCGACAGAUCUUCAUGUCGUGAUUAUCUUUUAUAG